CGUGUGAGAAAAUCAGAAGACAUCCACAGUGUUGUGUAACGUGCCCACCGAAUUCUAUCAUACGGAACAGUUGUAUAUGCGAAAUCCGGAAUGUGUCCGCUCUUUUCUCGCUAGCAAAGACUACAAAUGAAUGCAAUAUUCAAAACUAUUCGACCAAGCGUCUCUCUCGGUGGUGCGACGUUGGCUCGUUACUAUUCCCACAUCCUACAAUCGACGUGCGGCGAUAAUUCCACCCGGCUAUUUCUACACCCAGCAAGCAGGCAGGUAGUACCUCUGAUUCCGUGCAAUAAUCUGUUUUGGGAGCGAGAUCGCAAGGGUGGAUACCAAAGCACCCAACCAAAAGUAUCACGAUGGCAAAUGAUACGGGAUGGAAUGCGUGAAUUGAAAUACGAGCUGAGCCUAUUUCAUGAGGAGUGGAAGGAAAGAUUUGCGUCCGACCCGCUGGUCGUUUUUCGACCGGGCGAAACCGAUGUAGUUUUUAAUUUUGAAUCAAAAGCCGACCUGGAUAAGUGGAUUGUUACCACAGAUAAAGACCAUGGAGAAGGUUACUCAGAAGCAAAGUUUGAGCUGGGUCCUUCCGGGUUCGGCUUGUUUCACGGGAAGCUGGAGUCGCGGGUCCCAAAGGAUGGUCGAAUUAAACGGUCCGGAUAUGCUAAUAUUACUCGUCAACGAAUCAGGAAAUCGUUUAAGCGUGAUGCCUUCUAUGAAUGGGAACAGUACAACACGCUGGUGUUAAAAGUUCGCGGUGAUGGUCGCUCGUAUCUUAUUAAUCUCGCAUCGGAAGGCUAUUUCGACAUUUUGUGGAAUGAUAUUUAUCAUUACGUGCUCUACACCCGUGGCGGUCCUCAUUGGCAAAUCGCUCGAAUUCCGUUUUCGAAGUUUUUCUUGGCCUCGAAGGGACGAGUGCAGGAUAGUCAAGGUGCGGUACCACUAAACAGAAUUAGUAGUGUAGGUUUCUCUGUAGGAGCUAAAGGCGGUCACGAAGGGCAGUUUCGGUUGGAAUUCGACUACAUUGGGGUGGAGUUUGAUCCAUUACAUCGGGAGGAGUUUGCUUACGAAAUGUACAAACAGCAGAAGUAUAUUGUGGGGACAUAAAUAAAUGUUUAAUAUAAAGGUGGAAAUUGAAAACAACCUUUAUCUAGGAGUCAAAUUAAAACUUGAACUUUAUUGCUAUGAUUUUUAUGUACAAUUUUGACUGGAAUAACAAAAUAUUCAAA